GCAGGAAUACAUAAAGAACAGUAGGCUACUCGAACACUACAGCCCCCGAACACGUCACCUCGUGUCUUGGGACAACAGGCUGGGCGACACGUGGAGGCUAAUAAUUUUGAUGUAGCAAUAGUAAAGAAAAUCGUGAAGACUAUUCUUGGGCUCCGCUAAGAAAGGAAGCUUUUAACUAACCAUCAGUCUGAAACCCAGGAUUUACCGAACUCUUGUGAAUAUGGAGUGUUUUUUACGGAGCUGUCAGUUUGUACUGAAGGGCCCUCCAAAAAGUAGUCCUGGACUUCAUGUUGUCCUGGGGAAUGAGGCCUGUGACCUGGAUUCCAUGGUGUCUUCCCUUACUUUUGCAUACUUCCUCUCAAAGGUGUCCGGUUCUGAAAAGACCCCAGUCCCAGUUCUGAACAUCCCACGGGCUGAAUUUCCCCUGCGCACGGACAGUGGCUUCCUGUUGCGAGAGUGCGGCCUUACCCAGGAUGCCCUGGUGUUCCGAGAUGAAGUUGACCUGCAUCGUCUUCACCGUGCUGGAAAGCUGGCUCUCACUCUGGUGGACCAUAAUGCGCUUCCCAGUACUGACUGUGACCUGGAGGGUGCUGUUGUGGAGGUGAUCGACCAUCACCAGCUGGAAAGAAUGCCUUCCCCCUCCUGUCUCGUUACCGUGGAGACUGUGGGCUCCUGUGCCACCUUAGUGACUGAGCGAAUAAUGCAGAAGGCCCCUGAAGUCCUAGACCAACAGGUGGCUCAGCUCUUAUACGGCACCAUAAUCACGGACUGUGUGAACAUGGCGCCAGAGGCAGGGAAGGUCACACCCAAGGACAGCAAGUAUGCCGUCCUUCUGGAAUCGCGCUUCCCAGACCUGCCACCAAGGGGCGCCCUCUUCCAGUCCCUGCAGAAUGCCAAGUUUGAUAUUUCAGGCCUUUCUACAGAACAGAUGCUGAUGAAGGAUUUGAAAGUGGCAUCGGGGGAAGGUUUAAAACUGGCCGUUUGUAUUAUAUACAUGACACUUGAGGCUUUUCUCCAAAGGAGAGGCUUACAGCGGGAGCUUUGUGAGUUCUGUGACAGACACGGCUACAGCUUGGUCAUCACCAUGAUGGUCUCUAUCAAUGAGAAAAAAGAACUGUUCCGCCAGCUGGCUGUCUACAGCUCCAGCACCAUCUACAGGGAGGAGAUGAGCCGAGCUUUGGAGAAGGCCCACAGCCCCUGCUUGAACCUGUCUCCAAUGUGCAGCCCUUGUGCCGAAGUCAAGGCCUAUCUCCAGGGUAACGCACUGGCUUCCCGUAAAGAAAUUAUGCCUGUCAUCAGGGACUGUUUGAAGGACUGGGGGAGGAGAUCGGUGCAUUGCAGUAACCCAGAGGACCUGGGGGAGUUGGAGGAGCAGUUCGGUUCCUCCUGCGGCCCCGUCACAGAUGAUGAGUCCCGGGCCCGACCCGGCACAGCCUCCCGGCGUUACCGGCUUUUUGCAGAGGAGUCUGGGGUAGAGGAAGACUCCCUCGUGCCUCCUACCCCCAUGAACAGCCUGGUGGAGGGCUGCCCCCUGGACAGGGGCCUCCCCAGUGUGAGUGCCGAGGCCGUCCUGGAGAGGUUCAGGGAAGUGACCGAUGAGGCACGCACAGAGGACAGGCCACCACGCGGGCAGUGAUUGGGUGAGAGCUAGCCACACCCACUGCUGCCUCCUGAAACAUCCUGCUCUAAACAACUUUUAUUACCUAAGAGCAUUCAGACUGGAAUCUUGCCUCCAGUAGUUUCCAAAGCGAGGAUGUUCCGAAGCAUGUUAUUGUAGCGUAAGAAAAAUUGAACUGCCAGAAGGAAAAACUAUCCCACAAAAAAUGCAAUGCUCUCAUAGUGAAAAGUUAAGUGUACCACAAAGACAGUAUUUCUGCCACAUAGAUAUUUGUCAGGUGGGUCUUCAUGAAGGGGUGGAUUUUGUCCUGAUGGGCAUUAGCCCCAUGGUAAGCCAAGGAGCUGUAUAUCUGCUCUCCAGGAGUGCUGUUCAGACAGAUGGAUUUAGCAGCUCGAGUCUGUGCUACACUUUGAAGCACUGAACAGUUACUGAAGCAGGAUGUCAGCAGUGACCCUUCUCUGCGUGUGGUGAUGAAUGUUUAACUGGUUCUCACUUCCUUGCUGCCUCAUCGUGCAUGAUCUGAGCACUGGCUGAAUUGGGCCAGUUGACAGGGAUUGUGGGUUCCAGGGCUGCUGGGGCAAAUUCCCAGUCCCGGGACAAAAUUUUAUUUUUAUAUUAUUCCCGGGCCUGGGUUAAUAAUAUUUAUCACAAGUUCACAGGCCGUUGGGCCUGCCCUCCUCCAGUGCCUGGGACAGCGUACCUGGUUGUCCCCCCUUGACAGCGACCCUGGUGGGUUCCAAGAGGUUCUGAACUCAG